AUACAGUAAACCAGUUUUUUAUGAAAAAUGAAUCUAAAACGUGAACUGCCCGGUUUUAAGAGCCAUAUAGAUGAUUCAUGGAAUGAAUUUACCCGUUAUAUCAGCCACAGAGAUAUUUUACACAAAGAUAAGGACAACAAUGUCACGCUGUAGAGUUUUGUGCACCCGUCUUUCCCUCUUCAUCAUGUGUAAUUCAAGGGUUAUUUUGCAGUUUAUAGUAGAAAAAAAACCAGCUACAAGAAGCUCGGAAGUCAAGAUUGCUUUUUCAUGGGUAACCAGAGAAAACCCACCAUGAUAAGGUUGUAUAUCUGUCCAGCUUAACCUUUUAUUUUCUCAGGAUCAGAAUGGAUGCAUUGGAUUUGGAUUUCAUUGUUAUAGUUUUCCAAUACUCCAAUUUUAGUAAAACAUUGGAAACCAACUUUCAAACAAAGCUCUGACACGAUACAACCUGAAAUACCGCCAGAGUGACGAAGGAGAAACACAUGCAACUCGAUGAAGAAGACACAUGGCUGUUAUCCAGGGUUUCAUGUUCCAGCCUUGCUUUUUUUUUUCCCAACUUGUGAAAUCCAAAGCAUCAUUUUGUGGGGUUUAUCAUGAUUUUUUUGAAGCUUUUUGUUUCCUUUUGCAGACUCUGGAGCCCGAAUGAGCUUUGGGGUGUCAUGCCAAUCGAGAGGCUUUGUGGUUAGAGCCAUGGGCUUAAGAACGGAAAACAUGAAUGAAGAGCAUGUUAUGGAAAGCUUACAGACUUGGAAAAGGGUCACCUGGAUGGGAAAAAUCAUAGGUUUCCUGUUCGCAAUGGGUUUUGCAGGCUUCUGCGUUUGUUAUGUUUCUCUCUUGCAUUCAUUUCAUGGUGGGUAUUCUCCAAUUCAUUAUGGAAUGGUGGCACAAGAAUUAAAAGGUUUUGCCCACGAAGUGACAAUUAAUGGCAGCUCAGAAAAAAGUGUUGUUGAGGCAGGACAAGAAGAAGAAUAUUUAGAUUCUUAUUUAGAUUUAGUUUCAGGCUCUUCUAUGCCAGGCAAUAAGAACUACAGUACAGAUUUGCAGCACAUAGUAUUUGGCAUAGGAGCUUCUGCUCUCUUGUGGGAGACUAGAAAAGAAUAUGUGAAACUCUGGUGGAAACCCAAAGAAAUGAGAGGAUUUGUGUGGCUGGACAAACCCAUUAAUGGAAUGAAAGAAUGGGAAUUCUGUCUUCCUGCCUGGCGAAUUUCUGGCAACACGUCAGAAUUUAAGUACACCCACAAACACGGGUGGCGAUCGUCCAUCAGGUUAUCACGCAUAGUGGCUGAAACUUUCAGGCAGGGCUUACCGGAUGUUCACUGGUUUGUCAUGGGGGAUGAUGACACUGUCUUUGUUCCCCAAAAUUUGGUCACUGUGCUCUCCAAAUAUGAUCACACCCAGUUCUAUUACAUUGGGGGCAACUCCGAGAGCCAUAUCCAAAACCAGUUUUUUAGCUUCAAUAUGGCCUUUGGAGGAGGAGGAUUUGCCAUUAGUUAUCCUCUGGCCAGAGCAUUGGAAAGUAUGCAGGACAAGUGCUUGACAAGAUAUCACCACCUCUUUGGCAGUGACGACCGCGUACAGGCCUGUGUGGUCGAACUUGGUGUGCCCCUCACUAGAGAGCCGGGUUUCCAUCAGCUUGAUAUAAUCGGGAAAGCAUGGGGGCUGCUGGCGGCGCAUCCGAUAGCUCCACUGGUAUCACUGCACCAUAUGGAGGUGUUGGAACCUCUGUUUUCAGGAAGGAGCCGCGUGGAGUCAGUGAGACACAUUUUACAAGCUGCCAGCUUUGAUCCCGCCGCUCUUCUACAGCAAUCAAUCUGUUAUGACCGGCGGCGGAGGUGGUCUAUUUCAGUGUCGUGGGGCUACAUUGUGCAGAUCAUGAGGGGCUUGGUGUCCCCAAGGGAUUUAGAGAGGCCUCUCAGAACCUUCUCCAAUUGGCAAAACAGGGACGAUUUCAUGAGUUAUCCCUUCAAUACCAGGCCCUUCCCUACCCACCCUUGUGACAAGCCCUUGUUGUUUGAGUUGCAUAACAUUUCUCAUUCUCGCCAUUCCCACUCCAUUGUUAUGAGCGAAUAUAGACGACGAGAUGAAGAGCAAAUUUCAAAUUGCUCCAAAAGAAUAGCUUCACCUCAUCGUGUGGAAACUAUCCGCGUAUUCAAACGUCGAGAUGAUUAUUUAUGGUUCAAGGAGCCCAGGAGGAAUUGUUGUACAUUAAGACAUAGAAAGAGGAAGAGUAAAAUUAUUGACAUGGAAGUUGCACCAUGCAAAGAUGGCGAGAUCAUCACUAUGUUUCUAUAGAUACAUUCUGCUUGCUCUCUUUCUUAUUGCAGUGGCAUAAAUUUUCAAAGCUCUCAUGUGCAUAUGAUGAUAGCUUAGAUUUAUGCAAAUAAAUUACACUUAUAUUAAUACAAAAUUCAUGUCCAUUGAAUAAAAAUGCCUUUGACUCACU